AUGAAAAAUGAAUAUUCAGUUUGGCCAGCCCGAAGAGACCCCCGUGCCAGUGAUCGGUGCUCCCCCGUCCCCGAUGACCGGACACCCCGAGCCCUUCAGCCAGGGGACAAGCGCCAGGCGGAAAACAGCAGCACAAUACUACGGAAAAGAAAGACCGCGAUGGCCAUCAAGCUCACCCCGCUGAUUGGGGCCCACGACUCAAGCGGAAUACUUUCAUACCUCCUCGAGAUCGACGAAGGACGGAUACUGCUGGAUUGCGGAUGUCCCGACCGACCGACGCUGGGCGAGAUCGAUCGAUACCUCGACACCCUGGCCGAACUCGCACCCACCCUCGACCUCCUCCUCCUCUCCCACCCUCUCCUCAGCUCACUCGGCCUCGUCCCCCUCCUCCGCGCCAGACUCGGCCUCAGAUGCCCCAUCUAUGCAACCCUGCCCACCAAGGAGAUGGGCCGCUGGGCCGCCGAGGAGUGGAUCGGACAGCGCGCCUUGGAGGAGUCCAACGCGGUCGAUCAUCCCGCACCACUCCUCAACCAGUCCGCCGAAAACCAAGCCCCCCAAGUCUCUGAUCCUCCCCCAACCCAGCAGAAUAUCUCCCCCGAUCCUCAGAAUCCCUCCAAGUCUACCUCGCCCAAUCAGUCCAAAUCAAACAGCCCCGAUCAGAUUUGGAAAACCUCGUUUAAGGAACUCAGGGAUGCCUUUGACAGCGUGAUCGCUGUCCGAUAUUCCCAACCGAUUCAUUUGGGCGGCAAAUUACGACCGUUGACACUAACUGCUCACAAAUCCGGCCACACGAUCGGUGGGACGAUCUGGUCUCUACGCUCGCCACUCCAUACGGUCAGCUCGGCCUCGUCAUCAACCCUGAUCUAUGCCCCGAUUUUCAAUCAUGUCAGGGAGUCUCAUCUGGACAGUGCAGCCUUGGUCCAAGCCACCGGCGAUGGCAGUAUGAGAAUCGGGCUCGGCAUGAGUCGGCCCAUGGUCAUGGUCGUAGGAACCGAGCGAAGUCUGAUCAAGGGCAUCAGAAAGAAGGACAGAGAUCGCAUCCUACUCGAUUCGAUCACUCAGACCUUGCGGGCCUCGCGGACGGUUCUAAUCCCGACAGAUCCUUCGGCUAGAUUGAUCGAGCUCCUGUUACUGCUCGAUAGCCAUUGGUCCCAAUCACGCCUCGACUCAUUCCCCCUCUGUCUCGUCUCCAAAACCGGAAAGGAUGUGGUCACGUUUAUCCGCUCGCUUACCGAAUGGAUGUCCCCAGCUCUCGCUCGCUCAUCCUUCGAUCAAAACCAUCACAAACGUGGUGGUCGUGAUCAAAACGACCAAGGGCCACUUCGGCUUCGACACAUCCGAUUUUUCAACUCGGUCGAGUCACUCGAAGCUGAACUACCCAUCCGUCAACCCAAAGUGAUCCUUGCCGUCCCAAUGUCAUUGGACUAUGGAUUUUCGAGGACGAUGUUUAUGAGGCUAGCUGGUGUUGAAGGCAACUUGAUCAUCUUAACAUCGCUCUCCUCAACACAACUUACAGAUUUAGACAGUCAGUCGGAUCACCUACUCGACCACCUGGCGUCUAUCGCGGCUGAUGCCGCAAACCAACAGCGAGAGGAUCCCGCGUCAAAUCCUGAGCCACACCUACCGCAGAUCGUCCAACUUGAUGCCAAGAUCGAUGUGGAGCUGCGUCGGAAAGUGAUCCUUGAAGGGGAAGAGCUCGAGCAAUUUCUAGAGGAAGAGCGAAGAGCGCAGGAGAGGAAGGCCAAGGCGGCAGCAAUGCUUGCCCGAUCACGACAGCUGAUGGAGGAUGAAGAAUCGGAUGAGUCGGGCUCGGAGUCGGAAUCGGAGUCGGAUGCGAUUGCGGUGGCCAGGACGCUGACGGGUGGGGGUCCGAGCUGGGAUGAAUUUGUGGACGAGAAGGAGCCGAUGGCCUUCGACAUCUACGUCAAGGGAGGCUCGGCGACCCGGUUCUCCGGCGGAAGAACUCAGACCUUCCGCAUGUUCCCCGUGGUCGAACGUCGGCGUAAGGUCGAUGGGUAUGGCGAGGUCAUCGAUGUCGACGGCUGGCUGAAAAGAGGUGACGCGGUUGACGAGGCUAUCCAACGUGCUGAGAGUGGUGGCCGGAAGGCGCCAAAAGAAGACCCAGUAAACUUGAUACCGGUCGAACCGCCAUCGAAGUUUGUCGCAAGUACAGAAACGAUCGAAGUCAAAUGUAGCGUUUUGACGAUUGAUUUGGAUGGCAAAGCAGACGGACGAGCGUUGAAGACGAUCAUUCCUCAGAUCAAUCCCAAGACGGUCGUUUUGAUCAACGGGAGUACGACUUCUAAUGCCGAUUUUGCGAACUCGGUCGCUGGUUUACCCGCAUUCACUACUCAAGUUUUUUCGCCUAAAGUGGGCGAGCAAGGCACCUUUGGCCAUGACACGAAAAGCUUUAGCGUCAGAUUGGGAGAUAGUAUCAUGAACUCUUUACGGUUUUCUGAGGUUGAAGGAUUUGAUGUGGCAUAUAUCAGCGGAAACUUGGAGAUCUCGAACGAGUCGUCGAUCCCGACGUUAGAAAGAACGAACGGGAGCCGCGAGCAGCCGCCGCGAAAGAUGCGACGAAUGUCAGCGAUCAAGCCGGUCGGAGAAGAAGGGAAAGAGGGAGACAGUUCGGGCGGGAGGGAAGGGCAAAGGUUGGAGCCCUUAGCGUCGAUAGCCUCAGGCUCGGCGAUAUUCAUUGGGGACUUACGACUAGCGGGCCUCAAAGCCUAUCUGAUCUCGAACGACAUCCCGGCCGAGUUCGUCGCCGAAGGCGUGCUCGUCUGUGGCCCCGUACCCCUCUCGAAAUGUCUCAACGAACUCAACAAUAAGACCAAGUUCAUCCCUAACACGCCCAACGUCGCCCUCAAUCGCCCCGAUCUGCAUACUAUCGCCACUAAUGAACUCGCCGGUGGCUCCGUCUCCGUCAGGAAAUCCGCCAAGGGUCAACUCAUCAUCGACGGCUCCUUGGGCCUCACCUUUUUCGCUAUCAGGCAGGCUGUUUAUGAUUUACAUGCAAGGACAAAAUGUUGA